AUGGAGCAAAGAAAGUUUUUAAGAAUUGGUAAAAGUGUUGUUCAUGGUCGCACUGGGCCCUUACGUGGGGACGCUGGAAAUGGGGAAGAAGAGGAAGGGAAAAAAAAAAAAAAAAAAGAUGAAUUGAAUUAUAAUGAGGGAGUCAACUACAAUCACAAUAGUGGCGCUAACAAUAACGGCAGCAAUAACAGUAGACAUAUUAGAGAAGAUAGAAAAAGAGAUUCGGUAAAAAUGAAUGAAAAUAAAGAGCCAGAUAAGGACAGUGGUGAAGAGAAUGCUUUAAAUAGUCAUUUUAAUAAAGACGAUAACGAGCAUAAUAGUAGUGACAUAUUUGAGCAGUUGCUCCAAAGGGAAUUAGCGAAAGGGUCAUUGGGGGGUGGUGUUGUGGAGAAAAACGUUACAAAGAUGAAGGAAAAUGCACUAAAGGGAGACCAUUCCAACAAAAAUGAUAGUGUCAGUAAUAGUGGCAAUAAUAGAGGCAAUAAUAAUGGCAAUAAUAGAGGCAAUAAUAAUGGCAAUAAUAGAGGCAAUAAUAAUGGCAACUGUGGCGAAAAUGAUAAGGGAGAUGGUGGUAACGCGGAGGAUGACCCCGAAAGCCUGUCGAAGAUAGACUUAGUGGAUAGAAUAAACAACACACAAGUAAAAUGUCGUAUGCAUGGAUACAAUGAAGUGUUAAAGUGCUUUAGUACCAAUGAUGAUAUUAACAGAAAAAUGGAAAUAGUAAAUACAAUUUUUAAAGAUGAAGAUUGUGUAUUGAAAUACUUAUCUGACAAUAACUUGAUAUGUCAAAUAAAAGCAGCCGAAAUGACAGAGGGUUAUUUAAAUGUGAUAAAAGAAAUAUAUUUUUACAAAUAUAAUGACGAGUAUGAAAGUGAAGAAGUGUUAAUUAAUUCUUUUGUAAAUGAAUAUAAAAAUAAAUUAUUUUGUACUUUUACAAAAAUAGUAAAUGUUUUAUGUGAAAAAAUAUUAACAAAUAAUAAAUCAUUUGAGAAUGGAUAUAAUAUAAUAUGUAAAAUAAUUGAGUAUUGUUCCAAUGAUAAAACAACAGCAAAUAUAUUAACCCUAUUAUGUGAACAUUUAAAUGGUAUAUAUUUAAAAGCAAAUAAAUCAGUAACUAAUAUAAAAGGGGUUAAGAUAAAAGUAAUUUCUUCAAUUCUGUUAUUAUUGUACAAAUUAUUAAGCUCAUUUAGGGCAAAUAUUAUAUGUGUCAAGACAAUAAAUAAAUAUUGCUUUAAAUUUAAUGAAAUGCUUGACAAAACUGUGAAAACAAAUUUUUAUUUACUAUAUAUAGAAAUGUUAUCACAAAUAAAAAAUGUUGAAUUUCAGAAUAGUAUUUUAAAUGACCUGAACAGUCAGCAGAAAAAUUACAUUACCAAAGAAUUGCAAAAAGAGGAAAAUAUAGAAGUUAGACAAACAACAGCUGUUUAUAACUACUUAAUAAAUCAGAGAAGUAAUGGAGAUCAUAUGGACGAUUAUUCAAAUAAUACAUUUGAUAUGAACACAAAUAAUUUAAUUGAUGAAACGGAUGUUUUUAAAGAAAUAUGUACAAAGCAAUGGGAAAGAAGAGUACUAGAAGGAUGUAUUGACAAAAGCGCUAGUGGAAAUAGUAACAGUACAAAUAAUAAUUCUUCUCUUAGUAAUGAAAACUUACUACCAUGGAAAAUAAAAGUAGAAGCAAUUAAUUUAUUGUAUGAUAAGAUAAAAUCAAAAUAUGCAAUAAAAAAAACUGCAUACAUUAGUACAAUAUUAAAUAUCAUUUCAAAAUUACUAAAAAACGAAUCAGCUUUACCAGUUGUAGUUUCAUCACUAAAAUUGCUUCAUAUAUUAAUUGAAAAAUUUGAAAAAGAUAUAUAUACGACGGUUAAAAAUUUUUCUUUUAUCUUAUGUUCAAAACUAAAGGAUUCAAAUAAACAAGUAUCCAGUGCUUGUAUGGAAUGUCUAACUAAAGCUAUUGCUAUAUAUAAUAUAGACAUAUUUAUUGAUGAUAUGUCAAAAAAUCUCAAGGAUAAAAAUAAUAACACAAGGAUGGUUACCCUUGAUUUUUUAAUAAAAGUAUUUGAUUAUAUUGAAAAAAAAAAUAUUCUUUCCAUUAUUGAAAUUUCGAAACAUCUAUUAAAUGAUACUGUUGCUAAUAUUAGAAAUGCCGCCUUUAAAAUGUACGCCCUUAUUAUAGCAAAUUAUGGUGAAACUGUGCAUCCCUCCUUUUUCGCUUCCGUGCCUUCCAACAAGAAGAAGUCUAUAUUUGCCUUAUGUGCCUCUUCCUCUAAAAAGAAUAACGUUAGUGCCAACGUUGGCAAUACUAGUGGAAAUGUUAGCGACAAUGUUAGCUGUAAUGUUAGCGGUAAUGUUAGCGGUAAUGUUAGCGGUAAUGUUAGCGGUAAUGUUAGCGGUAAUGUUAGCGGUAAUGUUAGUGGUAAUGUUAGCGGUAACGUUAGUGGAAACAUGAUCGACAACAGCAACCACCGCAGUGGAAAUAAUAACAAUGGUGAGGGGAAUGUACCACUGAAUGCGCACAAAAAGGAGCAGCAAUGGGGGGAUAAGGCCCCCCAUAAAGAGGGUAACAAUACGAGAGCUGACACCAACAAUAGCAUGAUGGUAAGCACAAUGCGAGACAGUGUUGAAGCAUGUUUACCCGAAAAUAUAACAAAAUUGCUGAUAUCGAAUAGCUAUUCUUCCAAAAUUGAAGCUUUGCAUUUACUAAGUGAAUGGGCAAAAGAGGAAGCAAACUUUAUGAGUAUUAAUUUAGAAAAUUUGGUACUUUUAAUUAAGAAAAACUGUUAUGAUUUUAAAGGAAAAUAUAAUCAAUUGAAUAGUGUUCUUUACGACUUUUUUAAUGAUUUUAUUGAUUUGUGUGACCAUUUUAAUAUUGUCCAUUUGAACAAUAAUACACAGUUUACGAAAAUUUUAACAAUUCUGAUAUGUUUAUAUUUGGAUAAAGCUACUGAUAAAAAAGAUGGAACUAUAUGCUUCAAUUUUUUAUAUAAAUGUUUUCAAUAUUUUGACAAUAAUAUGGUUAUUGAUUUACUCAUAAAAAAUAGUGACACGAAAAAUGCCAAGAAAUGUGAAGAGUGCAUUAAAAUAUUACAAAAAGUGUUUCUAACUAAAAAUACAAACUCGAAUGUAAAUAUAAAAAAUCUUAUUUAUUUUUUAAAAAAAUUUGUAGAUUCAAAAAAUACAAAUUUGAAAAAUGCAUCUAUUCUUAUGCUACAAAUAUUGUCUAAAAAUUUUGGUGAUAAAUAUGUCCUCUCUUAUUUAGAAGGUAUAGCAGAAAAUGUAAGGCAAGUGGUUAAAUUGAAAGAGGACGUGGAUAAGUUUGUGCAAAAACAAGGAAUUAUUGCAAAUUCCCUUGGGUCGUUUGUAAGAAAUGUGGACAAUAAAUACAGCAGCAGCGUGAGUAAUAAUGUCAAUAUGAGAGCAGUCGAAAAAGUAAAAAAGGAGGAAGUUCAGCUGGGCAACAUACACUCGAAUUUGCCCGAGGUAGAUGCUCAUUUGAAUACUCAGGUGAAUGCUAAAACGAAUAUUCAUUCGAAUUAUCAGACGAAUCAUUACGAGGUAGAGGAAAAAAAUGCCUACUUAAGUUACAGUGGAGAUAAUUUGUCUCCCUUUCAUGGAACCAACCCCAAUGAUCAAAAGAGAGUUCAUGAAGAUCUGACAAAAAUUAACUUGAAAUUAAGCGAUCCACUGGUGAAGGUACAGAAUAAUACCUUAAUAGAGGGUGAUUGUAGUGUUAACACCUUUUCGAUUUAUAAUAACACUAGAGGGGAUACAUAUCAAGAAAAGUUGACAAGGUUAGUAAUGAAAGAGGAGGAGCAGGAGGACAAUGUUAAACACUUUACGAAUAGAGAUCAAAGUACAGUUGAAAGUAGAACGAAAUUAUUAAGGACUAAGAAAGAACAGACCCAGAGUGAAUACAAAAGAGAUGAGGAGGAAGAGGAUGAGAAGAUGAUAAACAUAAGUGAUAUCAUUAAACAGUACGUCAUCCAUAUUAUGGAUGAAAAUGGAGCCACGUCAGACACCACAGCGGCAUGCAUAUCACUCAAUUCACAGAACAAUGGGAUGGGAAGUGCUCCGAACAAUGUCGCAAAUAACACAUCUAAUAAUACCUCGAAAAUUAUAAGCACGAUUGAAAAGAUAGGGAAAUAUUAUAUAAACCCCGAUAGACUGGACAUACUAAUUAAUCACAACAUGUUGCAUAAAAUAUAUAGCAGUAAUAAAAGUAAGUGCAUGCAAUUAUUGUACGUCCUUUUAUUUUCCUUAAGGGAAAACACAGAUAUAUAUGCCGACAUUUUGUUCGAAUUUGUAGUUAAAAUAAUUGACGAUGCAGAUAUAACCGUUGAGCAAAUAGAUAAGCUUCUGACUUGCAUGUGUAAGAACUUAGGAAUCUCAAAAUUUAUUAGUCAAAUAAACAGUUAUAUGUUAAGCGAAAAAUUGAGAAAUAUGAAAAAGGAGGGCGGAAGUAACAGUCAUAACAAUGGUAGCAGGAGUGACCUGGUUGGAGGUAAUAGCCAUCUCAUUAGCGGCAUUAACAAGCGGCCUUCUAAACGAAACAAGAUGCUAAUCGUUAUGAACAACAUCAACACAAAUCAUAUACUCCUAUUGAACGAAAAUGUUAUAAGAAAAAAGGUGCUAAAAUUUUACUUAGAUCUUUUUAUGGAUGAUAAUGAACAAGUCAGGGAAAAAUCAAGUAUUGUAUUAGAUCACAUUUACUCCAAAUAUGGAGGAAAUAUUUUUUUUAAUAUAUAUGAAAAACUAUCAGUUCAUAAGAAAGAAUGUUUACAUGAUAUAUUAAACCAAAUGAAAUCAAACAAGGAAGAAUUCUCUUUUUAUAAAAUAAUAGUAUCAAAUAAUACACAGAUUAAAAGGCUUUCAAAUAAUGAGAGUAAUCUUAGUAGUACAACACCAACAAUGUCAAGGUCACGAAGUAUAAAAAGAUUAAGUUCUUUUAGUAAUAAAAAUAAAAUGCUCAAAAUUGAAUUUCCUUCGAAUUAUAAAAUAAAACCCGAUAAACUGAAAUGGGAAAAGAAUCUGGACCACACUCAUUCGAAUUAUUUAAUGAAGGAGUUUAAGUCCUUUAGUAGCCAGGAGUUGACAACCCUUAUGUUCAGUGAAAAUGUGAAUAUGAUUAACAGGAGCAUAUUAUUUUUCAAGGAUUAUCUAAGCAACAGCUCAAAUCAGACAAUCUUAUUUUCGAAAUCUGGCUUUAUGGAUUUGCUGCUGAAAUGGGCAUUUUUCAUUUUGAAUGGAAAUCAAAACAACAAUGAGCUUUUAUGUGCCUCCAUAAAUCUUAUUAGAAUUAUCUUAAAAACAAUUGAAGACAAUUAUUCUGUCUUAAAUGAGCAAACCUUAAUCAUUUUGGUAAAUUUUACGUUUGAUAAAAUUAACAGCACUGCCACUUCCUCGGAGAUAAGAAAGAAACUGAGAGAGAUACUUAUUUGCUUGUGUUAUAUUUCUGACCAUAAGGUGUAUUUUGCACUUCUCUUAAAAAACCUAUCCUCGUGUAGUCAAAAGAGGAUAUGCAGUUCGUUGGACAUCAUAUUGAAACUCAUAAUAUUGUACAAGGAAAAAUGUCUGAACAUUGAAAAGGACAUAAUGAAGAUUCUGCAAGUGUUUACAGUGCAUAGCAAAAACAAGAAUGUAACGGUUUACUGUUUGAAAAUUUUUGCCAACAUUCAGUAUUUUUGCCCCAACUUUUAUAAGUGCAUAGACAAUGAUGAUAUUUCGUAUUAUCUUAAAAGUAAGGUAGACGAAUUUAUCGAAAAAUGUCCUGACACUAAAAUUACUUUUAAGGAUGGUGAAGAUGAUGAAAACAAUAGCUCCUACCAAAGCGAGAAUUCCGAAGGGAAUUCAAAAAAUGAUGGGAACAGCGAGCUACUGAAUUAUAUGAAAAACAACGCGAGCCAGAGGAAUGCCAUAAAAAAGGAGGUGGAGGGACAUGUGAGCGAAUUUCAUAAAAAUGUGGAAGAAAUAAUGGAAAUAAAAAAGAAUAUAGAAGAAAUUGAAAUUCAUAAGAUAAAUGAAGAUUAUAUAAAUAAUCAAAUAUCAUACACGAGCAUUUCAAAUAAUUUAAAUUUUACCAUUGAAGGUAAUAAUUAUUCGAAAACUAAGGAACUCUUUCAUAUAAUAGAGUCAAAAAAUAAUGAAAAAGUGGAAGGGACUAAUGCUUACGACAACUCAAUUAUAUAUUUUCGUUUUAUAUAUUUUGCGUCCUUUUUAUAUUCCAACGAUGUGGAAACUAUUUCGAAGGUGUGCAAAUUAAUCGUGGACAACAUAGUCCAGAUAGGUAAGAGGAGUAAAAAUGGGAAUUUUAUACUAAGGGAUAGCGGAAAUUACAUUUUUAGAAAUUUUAACUUGUUUAUUAUUCUUAUGAAAGGAGCAAAUUAUGCAUUAAGGUUUUUAUUUCAAAAAAGUUUUGGAAAAGAUUUACAUUCUUCAUUUAUUCAUUUUAAUGCAAUUUUAAGUGCAGUACUAUUGGUUGAUAUAUUAAUGAAAAAGAAGAGUUGCAUUGCAAAACUGUCCUUUGAUCAUUUCUCAUUUUUCUUUAUUAAUACUAUUGUUUGUUUGAGUAUAUAUACAAAAGUUAUUCAUACAAAUAAAUAUAUUUAUCUUUUUAAGAAUGGUGAUAUUGCUAGAAGCUUAGUUACAAGUAUAUUAAAUAAUUUGUUAGGUCGCGAAUUCUUAACUAGCCAUUCAAAACUUUUAGAAUAUGUUUGUAGUGCAUCCUUUAGCUUAGGUUUUGAUAUAAUGAAAAAUAACAAAAUUUUAAUAGAUGAUAUAAGUGAUACGAGUGAAUUUUAUAUUUAUAUAAACACUUACAUAAAAAUUUUAAAUAAAAUAUACAAAAAAAUUAUGAACAAAAUAUAUGAAGAAAAUAAGGUAGAAAAUAAUUUUGUCUAUAGAAUUGUGCACAUACUUUUUAUGAAUCUCAACAAGUAUGACAUUUGCCUUUUUAAGAUGGAAAAUGAUAAGAACAGGAAGAGGAAAAUGGAUGUUGACAAUGAGGAAAAGGUUAUCCUCAGAGGAAACAGCGGUGCUCUAUACAACAAGAAGGUGUGCAAAGGGAGGAGAAGCGGAAAAAGUAACGAUAAAGGCAGCGGAAAGAACGAUGGAACUAUAAAUGAGGACCCUGAGGAGCAUCCGUGUGACUAUUCAGACUGCUCUAUUUUUGACUGCCAAGCGACUUACUACGAAAAUUUAGGAUCACAUGAUGGUGUUAGCAACAACAACGAUGGUGGAAAUAGUUAUAGAGGUAGUAACAAAGAUAUUAUAAAAGAUGCGCAUAGUGCAAAUAACGAAGGUACCACAAAUGAUGCAUAUAGUACAGGUGAUAAAGGGUGUACCCUUAACAACAGUGACAGCCGGUGCUUGGGUACGUUAGGAAAGGGGGAUUACGAAGGAAUGAAGAGAGAUAUUUCUAUCAGAAAAAAAGACAUAUAUGUAUAUUCAAAGGAAGAAUUAGAAAAGAUUCAAAACAACCGAAUAGAUUUUAUGAACAAGUAUUUAUUUUUCAUUCAGCUGAUAUUUUAUGGUAUUAAAAAAAAUAAUCCCUUAAUUUUAUUAGCUUAUAUAAAUCAUGAAAUUAUAGAUAGUUAUAAUAAUAACUUGAAAUAUUAUUUUAAGAAAAUGGAGUUGUUAUUAAACAAGGAUUUAGGAAAUUGUGUUUCAUCUAUUAAUAUAAAUAAUUGUACAGACAUUUAUUCUUUAGAUUUUUCUUUUGAACAUUUUUUAAAUGAGCAUAAUCAUCUUAAGGAAUCCAAAUUAUCUAUUUUCAAUUCGUAUAAAAAUGUGUUUAGUCAAUAUACAAAUUUUGACUCAGAAAUUAUAUACAACAAUUUCGAUCUAUCCAUAGAUGAUGUCAUAUUAAAAAAAAGAGAAUUUUUAGAAUCCUUGAAAAUGAUAAACAUAAAUGAAUUGUCAUUUGAUCACAACAAAUAUGAACAUCUUAAACAAACCAUUAUAGAAUAUAUUAACGAACUAGAAAAUACACAAGUGUUAGAAGAGAUUCAGAAUGUUGACGUAGUAUCUGAUUAUAAUUUUCUGUGUACUAUGUAUAGAAUUCCUAAAGGUACUGAUAAGGACACGAACCAGAUGAGUAGUAAUGAUAAACAGGAAAAUGCUAUUCCGAAUAACGGUCGGAGUAAUAAUCGCCCAGAAGAGGAAAAUAACUUGAGGGAAGGUGCACAAGAUGGUCAACAUAACGAACGGAACGAGAACAAAGUGGAGGACAGAGGAGGUGAUAUUGGUAGAAGUGGUAGGCGGAGUAACGUGGGAAAUGACAAAGGCAGAGGUAGCCAUGAAAAGGACGAUGAAAAUGAUACUACAGUUAAUCAUUUGAAAAAUUCAAAAGAAUUGGAGGACACAGCGAAAAGGUUUAGUGCACACAUACUGGAAGAGGCAAACAUUGAAGAGGGAAAUGCAUCCAUCAACUCAAGUGGAAGUGUAACCAGAGUGGAAGUAGACAGUAAAGAGAAAGAAGAAAACAAAGAAAUGGAGGAACACAAAGAAGGGGAGGAACAAAAAGAGCUCACAUUCAUUAGCCAUAGCAUAUAUCUAAGAAAUGAGACCAUCGAAAAUGUAGACAUGAAUACACUACGCGAUAAGUACAACUCGCCGAAUAAUUUCUCGUCCUCUAUUAUAACGGAAAAGGUGGAAACAAAGGACAGGAAUAGGAGCAAUAACAAAACAGACAGCAGUCAUUAUAGUACUGAGAAAACUCUAAUUCAAGAAAAUAAUGUUCUCUCUCGAAAUAUGCAAUCAAGUAAGCCACGUAACUCCAUGUAUGAAAAAAUGGACCAGUUGAACAUUUUUAAUUAUAACAAAUUUUGUAAGAGUAAUGAGAGGGAAAGUGAGAAAAAUGGGACAAAUAACCAAGAGGGAGAAAUUGGUCAAGCUGGUAUAGUAAGCCAGUAUGAUCAGCUUAGUCAGACGGAUCAGGCUAAUCAAGCUGGUAUAGGAAGUCAGUAUGGUCAGACUGGUCUGAGUAGUCAAACUGGUAUAGUGAGCGAAUGUGAUCGAGUUAGCCAAAUUAACGAUCAAAUCCAAAGCAGGCACCCCUAUGACAGGAAAACGAAGGACGAAAAAGAAAAAAAUACAAGCAACGACAAUUUUAACAAAAACAAAAGUUACAACCAUGAAAAUAUUCGUAAUAAGGAUCAUUCAAAAAAAAUGAAAUCAGAAAAUCAUAUUAAAAUUUUUGAAGACGAGAAAAAUAAAAAUAGAAAUCACUCUGACGGAAGAACAGAUUACAGUUAUAAGGAAAAAAAAUUACAAGAAAUACAACAAGUGCAUAAAAUGCGAAGUGAAUAUAAUUACCUGACCUGUUCAGAAAUAAAAAAAAAAACACAUUUACUGAAUGAUGAACAAAAAAAGGAAAAAAAUAAUUCAGAAUUAAUAUGUAAAAAUGGGGAAAGUGGUUCAAAAAGCAAUAUGCUAUCAUAUAGAGAUGAGACGGAAAAUAAAUCCAUUUAUGCGUUUAGGCGAGAAAAAUCGAAUGAUGGGAAAUUCAGACAUGAUCAUGACAAGAACAGAAGUAUGAUGAAAAAUGCUUCCACGAGUAACGCUAUUAACAGCACUGUUAAUAACAAUACUGAACCUUUCUCGAGAAGCAAAACGAAUGUGAAAUACUUGAUAAAUAAAUAUAAAAAUCAAAAAGAACCAUCUCAGUCGUUCAACUUAAAAACUUGUCCAAUUUUCUCGCAGAAGAAGGAUUCAUAUAGUAUACAAAAUAUGAGCAGUAACAACAGCAGUAAUAAUAAUGACGCAAACAAAACUAUUAUGCAUAAAUUACAUAACAAAUUGCCUUUUCAAAUAGAAAAAAAAAAAAAUUAUGUAUACGAAAGAAGUAUCAGUUCAAUCAGUUCAAUUUCUGACAUGAAGACAAAAACAGAUAGGCACAAUUUAAUUCCUAAUUCUUCUCCUGACCAUGUAAUAAAUAGUUCUUUAUCCAAAAGAAAUUUUUCAAAUAACUGUUUUCACAACAAAAAUGAUAAGAAAUUUUUUAUUUAUAGCACUAAUAGUAAUAGCUCAAACAACGUUACUUAUAACAGUAAAAAUGAUGCAAAAAGUAGUACAACAUUGUCCAGCUGUUCUACGAAACGAAAAAAUCAAGUUGGUAUUUCAAUUCCAUUAAAAAAAAGUAUAUUAUAA